AUGUCUACUCCCGUGGCUUUGAACGAUUUUUCAAAAAUUCCUACUAUUCCAGGUGUUUCUCCCUUGACCACUGAACAAUCAAGACAAUCUUUUUGGUCUUCCAAUCCAAUUUCAAGUUUUAUCAUCGACACCUAUAAGCAAAUCCACUCUCAUAGACAAUCUUUGUCAUUGAGCAAUCCAGGUACUGUUGAAGAUUUAAAUAAAGAAGUCUCAAGAGAUGUUUUCUUGAAUCAAUAUUUUUUCACUGGUUUAAGAGCUGAUUUAAAUAAAGCUUUUUCUUUGAAUCCUGCUUUCCAAACUUCUCACACUUUUUCCAUCGGUUCAAAUACUUUACCAACUUAUGCAUUCUCUGCUUUAUUCGCUAAUGAUGAUUUAUUCGUUCAAGGUAAUUUGGAUUCUGACUAUUCUUUAUCUGGUAGAUUAAAUUAUGGUUGGAACAAAAAUAACAUUUCAAAGAUUAACGUACAAAUUGCUAAUGGUCAACCUUCUAUGUGUCAAUUGGAACAAGAUUUCAAAGGUUCUGAUUUCUCUGCCAACUUUAAAACUUUAAACCCUUCAUUUGAUUUAUUCUCUGAAGAAGUAUUCAAUGGUGUUGCAGUAGGUUCUUUAUUACAAAAUAUCACUCCAAAUUUUGCUUUAGGUUUGGAAGUGUUAUACUCUAGAUCCCAAAAGGGUUCUCCAGCUGAUGCAGGUGUUUCUUAUUUAACUCGUUAUGUUUCACCAAAGAAAGAUUGGAUCUUCUCUGGUCAAAUGCAAGCUAAUGGUGCUUUGGUCGCUUCCUUUUGGAGAAAAGUUUCUGCAAACGUCGAAGCUGGUAUAGAGACUACUUUACAAGCUGGUAUGAUCCCAAUAACCGAUCCUGUCAUGGGUACCCCAAUUGGUAUCCAACCAACCAUUGAAGGUUCUACAACAAUUGGUGCCAAAUAUGAGUACAGACAAUCUGUUUACCGUGGUACCAUUGAUUCAAAUGGUAAAGUUGCCUGCUUCUUAGAAAGAAAAAUCUUACCAACUUUGUCCGUCUUAUUCUGUGGUGAAAUUGAUCAAUUCAAACAAGAAAGUAAAUUGGGUUGUGGUUUGCAAUUUGAAACUGCCGGUAGUCAAGAAUUAUUGAUGAUGCAACAAGGUUUGGAUGCCGAAGGUAAUCCAUUACAAGCUCCUCCUCAAUUGUAA